CUAUACACUACUCCGUACAUACACAUGUAUAAGUUACUGUGCAGCCCAGCCCACUGCACAGAAACAGGAACAAGCAUCGUCAGUUGACUUCAACCUUACUUGGGAGAUCGUCUUGGCACGGACUUCCUCCACUCCCAUUCACCAAUCUGGAUCGAGUUCCCCAUCCAACCAACCAUUCAAAGAGUGGAAUGCACUCAGUAAGAAACUUUUCUCUGGAACGUAACUGACAUCAUCGCCGGUUCCAGGAUGUCUUACCCGCUUCAAGGUUCCAUUUUCCUCCUGAGCCUCUCCCACGAGAUGCCUUUUCCCCCUCCUUCUCUCUCUGACCCCCUCCUCAAUCCACACCCACCGCUGCGGCAUGGUUUGAUACGACGGUGGGAAAAUCCCCCGAAGAUUCCCCAGUUUUUUCAAACUCAAGCCUUUCGAUUCCCCAUCUGCUUCGCUCCCCCAAGCCACCGCAUCACCGAUCACGGACAUCCCCCGUCCUUCGCCUUUCGCCCCCACCAAACACAAUACCUUUCUAGAACAUGGCAAAGAAAAACUUCGGAGUUCAUCACCAAGCUCGACCACCGGGUUCCGAGUGCAGUAAACGGAGAGUCACACCAUGGGGACGAUCUGGCCAAUAGCGCCCCGUCGGUUCCUCCUGCGACUCUGGAAACCCUCCCCCCUCCCCUUCAAGCCUUGCGGACCCAGCAGUUCGUCUUCAUGCACGCGGAGGAUCGACGGGCGAUGAUGAUGAUGCUGCAAGUUGCCCCUGCAGGUGGUAAGGACUACGGACUACGGAUCCGAAGGAUUUCCCUCCAGACUGCCAUGACGAUUUGUCCGGCUGCUUCGGCUCGCUCUGGUUGCUUUUUUUCUUUUUGGUGUCUUUUUUCAGGUCUUCCCCAAAAUAGAUUUGACGGCCGUUGUUUGAGGCCUAAGACCAUGCUUUUGGCGUGGUUGUGCUUGCCAGGCUUGUCAUCUGCCACCGCUUCAAAUGAACUGGUCCGGCGGAGAGAACCCUCAGGGGGGAGUGGGAAGAUAGGGUUGGCAAUUCGAACGCCAUUCGGCGUUCGCGUUUGCCACAAUAAUGAGACGGUUGCAUUCAUAUCGAGAUGUGCCUUGGUUCCGACCAAUUUUCCAACGACCCUCCCCCCUCACCUCCUCCGACCCUCCGCUGAGUCAAGAUGAGCAUUAAGGGCUUCAGUGGCUGUUCGAUUCCCUUAUGCAUUACUAGUGAACUUGGGUGCCAUGAAUUGUCGAUCAGCCCUCCCCUGCAGCUGUCCAAAAUAGACGGUUAUUUAGUUGGUCCAUGAUAAUCUUUGGGGUGGGAAAAAAGCCACUUGGCUUUAGCU